GGCAUAUUCCGCCAGUCACUCAGUACGAUACUCCAGAGGUCAAAUCAGGGUCAUUACAAGACGCUGAGAAAAUCAUCAUUUAUUGCCAUGGCAACUCGUUUCAUCGUGGUUUCAAGCAUCGAAGAGAUUUAUAUUCAGAGCUGCAGAAAUCAGCUCCAGAAAGAAGAUGUGACAAUCGUGCUUUGGGGUCAUUCACUCGGCACUUACAUCAGCACGAGGGCGCUAUCGCUCAUGUACGACCAGAAAGAUGGCACUCGACUCCCUGACUGUCUGAUACUUGAAGCUCCGUUCACGAAUACAUACGAUGCCGCAGACUGCUUCCCACUAUCUAAGUAUUUCUAUCUGCUCUAUCCCUUCAUGAGGUCUCAGGUUCACAAGAAUAUCAAACAAUAUGACGUAGAGCUCAGGACGGAGAAGUAUCUGCCGACAAUAAAGGCUCCUGUUAUGAUCCUACACGCUAAAGAUGAUCAGAGAAUCGACAUUCAUCUCGGUGAGACUCUGUACAAAAAGACGACCUCUGACCCCAUGACAAAAUCUCCUCACAUUCGUUUCAUUCGAAUACACGAGGAUCACGGAGUAAAACACUACACUGCUAAGCACCCGGAGAUAAGGCAGUUAGUGCAUGAUUUCAUGGUUGAAGUAGCAAAGGUCAAAGGCAAUGAAUAUAAUUGCUUUGGUCGAGUAGCAAAGAUCAAAGGUUAUCAGGAACAAAACUGA